AUGGGGACCAUGGCCCAUGAGUCUGCACCAUGUACCGUCAAAAGCCCAGUCAUGCUACAAGUGGGUGACAUGAGGUCCGAGCUAGGCCGGCCAGGUGUUGCAGUGAUUGAUGUGAUGCUACCACACUCUCAGACCAUUGAUUUGCAGGAAAUUGUAUUCAAGAACUAUUACACAGCUUUUUUGAGCCUGCGGGUGCUGCGCCAAAGCACCACAGAUGGUGGAGAUGAAAGUCCUUCCAAGUGGGUUACCUGCCUGCGAAACUAUUGCUUGAUGCCUAACCUGCAUACAGAGGAAGGCUCACAGGAUUACUUCUCAAUUUCUAAGCAUCAGAUGCUUUGUGAUAUGGACCAGGUGGCUGCCAUACGUCUGAUCCUACGUCAACCUUCUCCAGUGUGGCUACAUUUCAGCAUCGAGGAGCUACAGCUCUACCCUGGGAGUCAAAAGAGCCCACAGAAAGGCUUUCCAGCCUGGCUUUCAUGUCCAUCUCCGGAACGGCCUGCCAGCCUGCAUGAUGGACUCCCUGAUGCUGACAAAGUGUCUUCUGAAGUGCAGCAAAUGUGGGUUCUAACGGAGAUGCUCCAAGCCAGCCAGCCGACGGCACAGAUUGGACGUUUUGAUGUGGACGGCUGCUAUGAUCUCAACCUGCUUUCCUACACUUGAGCUGGGCUGGAAGCUGACAAGAUUCUCGAGAGCUGGACUCAUUAGAUCCUCAUCCCUGCCUUAU